GCCAUACACGCCCCCACACGCGCGCGCGCUUCGAAGCGGAUGUUCCCGUCAUCCCCUUCCGCUUCCUCGGACGGUUGGACUUGGGACCCUUUUUCCGCGAGGAUUCCCGCGCCCCGUCGGUGAGGGAGACUGUUGGGCUUGUGAGGAGCUGCUGCUGCCUUUUGCCUGUGGAUCAUGCUGCUGCUUACCCUGUCGUUGUACUUGCUUUUGGGCCUAGCAUCUCCUGUGGAGGUGAAGCGCCCACGGGGUGUCUCCUUAACAAGCCAUCACUUCUAUGAUGAAUCAAAGCCAUUUACUUGUCUAGAUGGCUCAGCAACAAUAGCCUUUGAUAGAGUCAAUGAUGAUUACUGUGACUGCAAAGAUGGAUCAGAUGAGCCAGGAACUGCUGCAUGCCCUAGUGGCCGUUUCCACUGCUCCAAUGCUGGCUACCGACCUCAGUACAUCCCCUCCUCCCGUGUCAAUGAUGGCAUUUGUGACUGCUGUGAUGCAACAGAUGAGUACAACAGCGGCAUCGUGUGUGAAAACACGUGCAAAGAAAUGGGCCGAAAGGAGCGGGAGGCACUAAAGCAGAUGGCUGAAGUGGCCAGAGAAGGCUUCGAAAUCAAGCAGGCCCUGAUGAAGGAAGCAAGUAAGAGGAAGGAAGAGAAACAGAUAAAGCUCACUGAGCUACAGGAGAGCAAGAAGUCGGUGGAGGAGCAAGUGGAGACUCUGAGGUCGCUAAAAGAAGCUGCCGAGAAGCCUGAAAAAGAAGCCAAGGAUAUCCAUCAGAAAGCCUGGGAAGAACAGAAAGCGGCUGAAAGAGCAGUGCGGGAUCAAGCCAAAGCAGAAGAAGCCUUUCAGGAGCUGGAUGAUGAUGGAGAUGGAGUGAUAUCUGUUGCUGAGCUCCAGACGCACCCUGAGCUAGAUGCAGAUGGCGAUGGGAUCCUUUCAGAAUCGGAAGCCCAGACUUUACUGGACAAUUCCUUGCAGGCGGAUGUGGCCAGAUUCCAGGACACUGUGUGGGCCGCGAUCAAGGAGAAGUACAGACCAGAGAGCUUGGUUGAUGCACAACCCCCACCAAAAGGCCCAUCAGAUGAAGAGCCAGGUACUCAGCCCGAUGCCCACGUGGACCCGUUACCUCCUGAUGAGGAUUAUGACGAGGAGGAGGAUGAAGAUGAAGAACCUGAGGAAGACGGCAUUGAUGAGGAGGUGAAGGCCCCUUCCCCCAAGCCAUCGUCAGAUGUCAAGGCGUCAGAAGAUGAACUGGAGAAGAUGCCCCCUUAUGAUGAAGCCACACAAGCUCUCAUUGAAGCUGCCCAGAAGGCCCGAGAGCAGUUUGAAGAGGUAGAGAAGUCCCUGAAAGAAAUGGAGGAGUCUAUCAGGAGCCUGGAGAAAGAGAUCUCCUUUGAUUUUGGACCUCAUGGUGAAUUUUCUUACCUCUACGGCCAGUGCUAUGAACUCACCACCAAUGAAUAUAUUUAUCGCCUCUGUCCCUUCAGCAGAGUGUCUCAGAAACCCAAACAUGGUGGCUCGGAGACCAGCCUUGGCACGUGGGGCUCCUGGAGCGGUCCAGAUGAUAACAAAUUUGGUGUCAUGAAGUAUGAACACGGGACAGGCUGCUGGCAAGGCCCCAACCGAUCCACCACAGUGAAACUUACAUGUGGCAAGGAGACAGUGGUCACAUCGACGACAGAGCCCAGCCGCUGCGAGUACUUGAUGGAGUUUAUCACCCCAGCGGCCUGCCAUGAGCCAAAAGACCUCGGCCACGAUGAACUCUGAGGCUGGCAGAUUUGCAGAAGAGCUGUUGUCAGUGGGACCAGGUUCUAAUCGACAUGAUUCAAAGAAGCACUGCAAAAUUUACUUCUCUUCCCCCCCUGGGGCUCCCCCACAUGGACCCCCGACACCUCCACUGUUUGUGCUGCUCUUCCGCAGUGGACUCUGGAGCUUUUGAAUAAUUAUGUUUACCCUGUGAAACACUGGGGAUUGAGUGUGCCCCCCCUUUUUCCUUCCAGGGCACCAUCUGCCCAGAUCAUGCACAUCACACAGGACUGCUCAGCUGCUUGGGCCAUUUUCUUGCUGGGGAAAAGGCUUUCUCCACCUCUUAAUGGUUGCUUCUUUGUGGAGGAAGAGCCCUUACUUUUCAGCCAUGCAGGGACUUCAGGUCUUUCCCCCUGAAGCCCUCUCUCCUGCCAGCAUUUUCCUGUUCCGAGCCAGAUUUCCACUCUGAGACUUUGCACAGCUGAAGGAAGAAGACUGGAAAAAGAACCUGCUCUUUAGCUUGCCCCCUGCACUGCCAAUCACAGCCUGGUUGUUGUUGUUUUUUAAAUCUGCUGUCUGAUGUUGAACUAUUAUUAAAAAAAAACACCACCACAUUCCCUUCCAAUAAACGUCUCUGCUCUCUUCUGUCUGUGGCCUCAAAGGUGAGAUUCGGAGAGUUGUUUGGAAGGGCUUGUAUAAAAGGGGGAUGGCAUAACAUGGCCAGUUUUAUGUCUGCCUUCCGUUCAUGCAGCUGUUAUCAGUGGCCUCCGCAUGUGUCAUUUCUCCUCUCUCCAGGAGGGGCUGGCAGAAACUUUGACAGGAUGCAUUAGACCUAACAGAUCCUCCUCUUCCUUCCUCCUCCCCCCCCCUCCACCUUUGAGGAACUGGGCCUCCCAGGGCUGCUAUGCUCCUCUUGAUAAAGGUUUUGGGGGAGGGCAGCUCUGGUGCCUUUCACCUGCUCCCCUUGAUUGCUGUCAAAGCCGGAGCAUUUCCAUAACAAAAAGGGAGGCUACUUCCCUCCCAGCCACCAUUGUUUCCCAUCUGAGCUCCCAUCCCAAAAGGCGCCUGGUGCUGGGAAGAGGGGGUUGGGGGGUAGGUCUGACAAAAGGCCCUUCUGGUGACUGGGGGACAUGUUUACUGUAUGGGUUCAGCCUCCCCUGGGCAAAGAAGUGGGGAAGCAUGUGCUGUUGGUUAUCGAUGGGGGAGGGGCACACCACCUCAUCCCUCCUCCAAUCUUUCCAGAGGGGGGAAGGAGGUGUUUCUCCCACACCCAUGGGGUGACGUAGGCGUUUUUCGCUGGCGAAACAAGACUUUAAAUGGAAGCAUCUGUUCUCCAACCAGAUCUCAAUUGGUAUGUGUGUAUGUGCACCCCUCAGUUCCCUUCCUUUGAAUCAUAUCCUCCGAUUGGUGAAGGGUGGAUGGGCAAGACUCUUGUACCCCACCUCCCACAAGCACCAUUCAUUUCCCCCCCCCCUUUCCGGCCGAAACACACUUCAAGUAGAGUAAGCUUGACUCUCAUGCACAGGGCAAAACUUGAGUUAUCACCUCUUCUACCAACCCCAUUCAUUUGUUUCCAUGCUUGGUUGUCAUAGCGUGACAAAUGGACCUUUUUGAUUUAUGCUAAUAAAAAAUGUCCCUUCCUAAGGGGCCUUUUCAUUGUUGCUGAAAGAGUGACUUAAAUGUGCAGUGAGUAUCUGUUAGUGGGGACAGACCAUCCGCUGCUACAUCUCUCAGGUGUCAGUGUUCAGCUUCCCUCGACAUAAGUGAAUUGUAAUCACUAUAGAAGAAAGUAAAAGACAGAGUUUGGGCAAACCGCUGGGAAUUGAGAUUAAAACAGGCUUCAGUUUCUGGACGAAGGAUCCUUUGCUGUAUGUUAACUGCUUCCUGUUUACUUUUUCUCAUAGAACUCAAAUGGGAUUCACUGCAGGUAGAGCCCCACCAGCUGCAGAGCCCGUCUCAUGUUGUUUCUUUUCAGUUGCAUGACAGACCACAGGUACCACCUAGUUACUGCUGCCGACUCCCCCAGUACGUAUGAGUAGCCCAGAGUAAGUGGAGCAUCUGCUUCAGUAAAUGUACAAGCCUGUAUCUUCUGUGUGUCUGCCCCAACAGUUAACAGCCAUGAGAACAUGCAUAGCUUAGUCCUUUGAUUGCAUGAGCCAGCUAACAUAUACUUUCUCCUCCCUGGCUAACACAAAAUUUACAAGCAUUCUGGGACUUUCCCCGUCAUGUUAUGCAAACCAGCCUUCAAUCCAAAACAGGCUUUUUGUGCUAUGUUCAUAUUACAUGUGUAAAAGGUAAGGUAAAGGACCCCUGGACGGUUAAGCCUAGUCAGAUGUAACUAUGGGGUGUGGCGCAUGGAUAUUAACACUGGGCUAUGUCCCAGUACAUCAAAAUACUUCUGAUUUUUUGGGGUGUUGGUUAAUCUGCUUCUCAGCCCUUUUUCUCGCCUGAAAAAGUUGCUUUGCUUCUGAAGCAACUGUGGGCAUUUGCUCUGAUGUAGAUAGGUAAAUUAAACACACUGCCAAAAUAUUUGUUGGCAAGAGGAAAGAGAUGUUUCCUUGCAAAGGGCAUGGGACUUUUUUCCUAUUCCGAACAACACGCAACAGUUCCUAUGGAUAAUGUGUGCUUGUUGGUGCCUUCCGGGUAGAAGGGAGGACAACUUUUAUCAUCCCCUGUCCUGCCUUGCUAGAAUUAUCACGUAGACAAACAGACGGACACGUCAUAAGAUUCUGAACUUUUUAUUUUCUGGCAUGAAAAGUACAAAUAAUUAAACAAUUCCAUGUAAAAGAUUCAUACAGCCGCCGUGCCUGAAAUCCCAGUAAUAAAUAUUCUAAACUAAAUGCAAAGUGUCAUUUUUUUCUUUUUUUUAACAGCAGUUUUUUAAACCCUUCCCACAUCAACAGACUCUCUCAUGAUUUAUUUUUUUAAAUAUUGUUUUUAAAAACUGUCCCAAUACACAUGUGAAGCUUAAAGAGGCUCUGGGGGCCAGGUUCUCCAGGCCUGUCAUCUUUUCCCCUGAGCCCCACCAUGCCCCAGGACUAAAUACAUUGGUGGGGAGGGUGGAGGGCAUGUAAAAAGGUUAUUAGGAUCUCGCCAUUACAACAGACAGACAAUUCUUUAACCCUCUGCUCCCUUCAAUGUUGCACCCUGACCCAUCAUUUGGAAGCAAAUUUGCCUAGCAAACAUAAGGAAAUGCCACGAGCCCUGCUCACUCACUCGCUCGCUCGCUCGCUCUCUGGUGUCUGCCUUCGUCGGCAUGCAGAAUUCUCUCUUCCUCCCCACCCCUGCUCCAACCCCCAUUUCAAUCCACUUCGCUUUUUUUUUAGUAAACUCAAACUGGCACUUAUUGCUACUUGAAAAAAUAUAGUCGAGAAGAGGCUAGAUUGCUUGUGACCAUUUUAGAAGCAACAGAUCACAAAAGAGAAUUUCGUUUUGCCACUAAAUGCCCUCGUCGAGAUGCAGGGGAGGGAGUCAGAUGCAGGGGUGUGGUUGCGGGAGAAGAAAUUAAUCAGGAUCUGAGCCGGGUAGCCAAAGGAAAAGUGUCUUGACCAAAUUAGCUGGAACUGGAGGCAGAGCUCCCUAAAGUAGCUGUGCUUUCCAAUUUGCAGCUUAACUCAGUGGCUCUUGUUUCAGAACAGUUCUUUAAGCACGCAAGUUAUUUCAGUGGCUGCAUAGUCUGCGAAGGGAGCCAGACUCUAGGCUGUGUUGUGGGUAGCUCUGAGCAAAAGAAUUUUAGUGGGUUUCCAUUUCCCACCCACCAAGAGAACUUUGUAAGGGAGGGGGGGAGAGUUUCCUCUACCUUUUCCACUCCCACUAUCACGCACACAUGUGCUUCUCCCUGCAUAUAUUGAGUGGUAUUGAGAAGAGAGGACUUGCUACAACUACAGGGCUGUGCUAUUUUUGCUGCUUUUUGAGCUCCAAGGCAUGGGUAGGCAAACUAAGGCCCGGGGGCUGGAUGCGGUCCAAUCACCUUCUAAAUCCGGGCCGGGGAACGGUCCGGGAAUCAGCUUGUUUUACACGAGUAGAAUGCAUCCUUUUAUUUAAAAUGCAUCUCUGGGUUAUUUGUGGGGCAUAGGAAUUCGUUCAUUAUCCCCCCCCCCAAUAGCUGCCAAGUUUUCCCUUUUCU